AUGAAAUAUUUCACAGAUGAUGAACCAUCAAACAAUAGGUUAGGAUUUAUGUCUACAUCAUGGACAAAAGUUGAGCUUAUUGCUGGAGAAUCACGUACAUUUUCAUACAUGCUUUAUAAAGGUGAUUAUCGACCACCUUUACUGACAAUUGAAAAACAGGAAUUAAAAGAGAAGUAUUUCACAGAUGAAAAGGCAACAGUAAAGGGAGAAUUCCGUCAUACAGAUUUAUUUAAGUCUGUUACAGCAGGAUACGACAUUUUGGACAAAUCAAAUCUGAAACUACUUUUGCACGGAGAUUUGGGCAGUUUAUAUACAACCAUAGUUGAAAAGAGUGUUAAUUUUGACAAACAAGGAAAUUAUAUUUUAAGAAUCCGCUCAUACUUCGGAAAUACAUAUGCAGAGUACAAUCAUGACUUCCAAGUAUUCCAUAGAAACCAGAUUCCAUCUAUCACCAUUUCUGAAAAGAUAUUCACUUAUUAUCUUGCCGGAUUUGAUCUUAACAUCAAAGCAGUUGUAUCUGACCAAGACUCAGGAGAUGCAACACUUACAGUUCGCAUGUACAUGGAAGACAAACUUAUGAAAGAGUAUACACAAGUAACAAAUGAUUAUGAUAUCAAAACAUUCACGUUUAAGAUACCAGAAGACACAAAGGAAGGAUUAUAUCAUUGCAAACUUUUAGUUGAUGAUGGAAAAGCUACAAACAAAUACAAGUUUGAGAUCAAAGUUAGAUCAAACACAAAAAUAUCUGUUAGUAUAGAAGAUACUAAACUUGAUAAGACAUACACACCAGGAUCAGUUAUUGGUUUCACAGCUGUUGUAUUCGAUCCAGAUAGCCUUUACGAAUCUUCUUUCACAGUUUCUGUUUUGUAUAAUUCAGAUGUUCAAAAUAAAGUCACAAGGAAGAAUGAUGGAUCUUCUGUCAGAAUUCCAUUAUAUGUAACAAUUCCAAAUAAUGAAACUGCAACAAGUGCAAAAGUUUCUGUUCGCGUUUCUAGUUCUAACGAAAAAGAUGAAACUAGUUUCCCUAUUACUAUUUAUCAAGAUCCCUCAAAGAAUAAAGGUGAUAAAGCAACAGAUGGUGACGCAGACAGUAAUAACAAAAAACCAGUUGAUAAAGAAACAAAGAAGUUCAAUGCAAUGAUUGCUGUUCUUGCAAUUCUUUGUAUUCUUACUAUUUGUGCGGCAAUUGUCAUCAUUAUUUUGAUGAUUAAAAAGUAA